AUGGGUCUGGGAGUCCUUCCUGAUCGUCACCUCGCCGAUGUCCCUGGCACAUCAUUCCUCAACGAGAAGGGUGUCACUUCGAGCCUAGAGGACCCUAAAGAGAAUGAUCAUGCCAACCUCAAGCACGAUCCGACCGGCAAGAUCGUCCUUGUCCCCCAACCGUCCGACGACCCCAACGAUCCUCUCAACUGGCCGAGAUGGAAGAAAGAAAUGUUUACUGUCUCCAUCAUCGUCGGCUGUGGCUGUGUCGGUGCUAUAGGACCUCUUCUCGGUCCAGCAUUGGUACCCAUUGCUGAAGAAUUCGACGUACCUCUUCAGAGGUUCAGCCUCGGUUUCACUGGGUCUCUCCUCAUUGCUUUGGCGUUUGGCAACCUCUUCUGUAACUCGUUGGCAAUGAUGAUUGGCAAGCGGCCAGUGUACCUCAUCACUACAUUAGGUCUCCUCUGCUCAACGAUCUGGACCGCUGUAGCCAAGGACUUCAUCUCGCUUGCCCUCUCCCGUGCUAUCCAGGGUUUUUGCAUGUCGCCAAUGGAGGCUCUGGUUCCGGCAUCGAUCUCUGAUAUCUGGUUUGUUCAUCAAAGAGGAUUUCGGAACGCGGUUUUCAACUUGGGUGUCCUUGGUGGCAUCAAUCUUGCUUCACCCAUUGCGGGCGCGAUCAUUGACAAAUACGGCUAUAAGACUUGUCUCUGGGCUAUGGCUGGUGCAUUUGGGCUUCAGCUUGUACUUACCUUCUUCUUCAUGCCCGAGACAGCUUACAAGCGCUCCACCAGCUCAGACGUCCCAGUGGAAUCUCAUGUGGAGGGACGUUCUACUGUGGAUGACAAGAAGGAGUGUGUAUCUGAGGUUGAAAACAGAGCUUCAGUUUGCGACAAUGCACCUAUCCCUGAAGCACACUCAUUCAUCUAUACUCUUCGACCCUGGAGCGGUUAUUAUGACGCGUCUGGCUUCUGGUAUAAACCCGAAUUCCGUCUUCCAAUCCUCGUUCUUCUGACUACACUUGGCGGCAGUGGCUUUUUUGGCUACGGCCAGAGCCUUUCGAACGGCGAGCCUUGGCCUAUCCCUGUCAUCGUCUGCUUGGGCAUGAUCAACCUCGGAGUCCAAUUCGGCAUCGUUGGCCUUGUUUCCUAUGUCGUCGACUCGCAUCGUCGUGAGGCUGUUGAAGCAUACGCAAUGAUGAGCUUUACCAAGAAUGUCUUUGCCUUUGGCAUGAGCUUCUAUAUGAACGACUGGAUUGAGUACCAAGGUGUGAGGAAUGCCUUCUUUGUGAUUGGCGGUAUAACUAUAGCACUCACCAUGGCUACCAUCCCCAUGUACAUCUUUGGCAAGAGAGCACGAAGCUUGGCAUUUCGUCAUGGCUUUCUUCAGUAG